AUGGGACCGUCCAAGUGGCUCGCGAAACGUAAACGGAGUCCGCCCCGACCUGUCAAAAACGGCGGGGACGGCGCAUCUGCAACCCCUCUGCCGAACGAUGAACAACUGUCAUCACUUCCCAACAUGCCGAAGGCUCUACCCGCUGUGGGGCUAGCAGCUUGCGCCCUGCAGCUCGUCGACUUUGCGACCAAGAUCCUCAUCAGUGGUCACGAGUUUUACCAACCGAGAGUUGGCUCAGGCGUCGACAAUGCCCACCUUUUACGUGCGGUAACGCACGAGCUCUAUCGACUAACCGAAGCGCUCAACAAGCGCAGGUCAAAGAAGAUAUACAACGAGAAAAGGAGUGGGAAGUUGGAAGAUGCGACGCAGCUGCUGCUGAGGCUCAGCGAAUCCACCCAAGAAGUCAUAGUUCAAUUGAUUGACGGCCUCAACCAAGCGCAAGCGAAAUGUGUAGGAGGCGAAUCGACAUGGACGAAUCUCCGGGAGCCAUUGAUGACAGUAUGGACCAAGGGGGCGAUCACGACCCAGAAGAAGAAGCUGCAAUUGCAGCGGAAAGAGAUAGACAUGGCGCUGCUGCGCGCAUUGAAGGCUUACAUUGACCAAUCAUCCGAGAAAGGGCUUUCCAUGAUCAGCUUGGAACACACGCAAGCGUACCACCAGGAAGCAUGGCAGCACGAGGCUAUAGAAGCCAUCAGCACCAACGAUUGGAAGGCAAAAAACAAAAAGCACGUCGAGGAAUUUGCGAAGCUCGUGGACAACUUGGUUCUCGCUGAAAUUGAAGCGCGCUUUCGAGAUCUGACCUUUGCGAACCUGCAUUUUCCGGAACAGGAUGACCGGUUGCACAGCAUCAGCAAACCCAAUGAAGACAGUUUCCAGUGGAUAUGGAACUCACGACAGCAAGGGAAAGGAAGUUUCCCAGUUUGGCUAGGAGACACGAGUGGCCAGAAUGUCUUCUGGCUGACAGGUACGCGAAGUUCAUACCACGAAGACGAACGUCAGCUGAUUCGCGAGACAGGAAAGCCAGGCUCUGGCAAAAGCACGCUGAUGAAAUAUCUCUUCCGAAACGAAGAACUAUUUCCAUUUCUAGAGCGAUGGUCAGGCCACUCACCAGGUAUACUGACGGGUUUCUUCCUGUGGAACUGCGGCACAGAUCUGCAGAAGACCACCAUGGGUCUACUGCGCACGCUACUCUACGAAGCUCUCCAGGACAUGAUAUUCGGUCCUCUAGACGAAGAUCCAAGCAUCGUGCAACGCAUUUUUGCGGAACGUUGGAAACAGUUCUCUUCGUACGGCGGCGGCAUUCACAAGUUCAGCCUCUCCGAGCUGCGAACCGCGUUUGACCUUAUGCUUUCCGACACGACUAAAAAGUUCCUGCUUAUGAUUGAUGGCCUCGAUGAAUUGGACGAUGACCCUACCAACGCGCUCACUGUUCUGAUCAGUGCCUCCAACCGUGAGAAUGUCAAAGUCUGCAUAUCCAGUCGUCCCUCGGUGAUCUACCAAGCAACAUUCAAGGACUGGCCUAGCUUGGAACUCAACAAAUGGACGAGGAAGGGGAUUCAGGACUACGUCUUGUAUGCAUUCGAUCAGAAUGACACCAUGUUCAACAUCCCUGCUGAAAAGUCAGACGGUACCGAGGAACGUGCCAUCAUCAACACACUCAUUGAUAAAGCAUCGGGCGUAUUCUUGUGGGCGUCUUUGGCUACCGAAUUCCUGAUUCAGAGCACCAAGGAGUCAGACGAUGUCUCCACAAUCAAAUGGCGGGUCAAUGCUCUACCACAAGAGCUUGAGGCAUUGUUGAUAUACAUGUUCGACAACCUCGACGCCCAGCAUUUCGCCCAGGCCGCACGCCUCUUCCGUCUCGUAGAUGCCCACGGGUACCCCUCUCUCCUUCCCCUCACCAGCGCCGUCGAUACCGACACGCGGUCCGCUCUUGAAGCAGACACGCGCCCGCUGACGGUCGGCGAAGUCCUCACACGCACCGAAAAGAUGCGCAACGUCCUCGUCUUCAAAUGCAAAAAUCUGGUCUCCAUCUUCGAAGCUGUCCCCGCCGACUCGCCACGCACAUCCGUUGAAGUCGCCAAUUUCGCGCACUACAAAGUAAACUACGCGCACCGCUGUAUCCGCGACUUCCUCCGCAGCUACGAGAUGCGCUCGCGAAUAGCAACAGCGACGAAUUACGAGGCCUUCGUCGAGGACGAGUACUGGGCAAAUGCGCACCUAUGGUCGCUCAAGACGCUACAGCCCCGCGACGGAAAGCUACUGAUCUGGGAUACGCUCGCGGAUUGCAUCGAGCAUGCGCUCCGCCUGGAAAGCAACGACGGACGCGUCCGCCUCACCUAUCUCGACGAAGUCAAUGCCACAUUGGCGGAGCACCUCAUCAACCCCGCGACUCCCGUCCAGAGCAUGGAUCUCCCGCCCGGCGCAAUGGUGAACUCUUUCGGCGACAUCUCCGUCUUACUAAAUCUCGGAAAUUACCUGACCAUCAAGGCGCGUUCGGCGGACAAGAAGGACUUGAGACACGCGAUAGAGUACGCCAAAGACGUGCGCAAGAGACUGGAUGCAGGCGGCUUAGAUAUGUUCCUGGGUAAGAGAGGCAAGCUUAGGGAAUCCUACGAGAAGGUUGACACGGAUCUGGCGAGUUUGCUUGAGUAUCAUACGAAAAGCUCGUUGAAGCUGGGCAGCCCGAAGAUCACGAGGGAUAUGCCGGAAUGGGUGUAG